AUGCCGGACCUAUCUCAGAAAUCAGGGGAGUCACCCAGGAUAGAGGAGCUGGUGAGAGAUUUCUCCACCGAAGCUGGAGACCAGGGCCUUGCUGGGUCAACACAGCGUGCCUCUUCACUGCCACCAAGAACAGGUGCCGUGAAUGUCCAUACUGAGAAUGAAAAAAAGCACUCUUCGAGCCAAGUCCAGGAAAACAACUCCUGUACGGAUGAGACUGUUGGACUCAUUAGAGACACCGCCGGGCGAGAACAUUUCAUCGGCCCGUCUGGAAGCCUGCAGUUUCUGGGCCAGCUCCGGAGGUUACUUCUUGUAUCCCGCAGCGAGGAUGUCGUACAGUCCCGGGUACCCGCUCGCCUUACGGCCACGUUCACCGAUGAAGAUGCAGCGCAAGCCCUGGAAGCAGAUGGUGACCAGAGUGAGCUCGCCGCUUUGCCUUCCGGAGACAUUGGCAACGGUGCCAAGGAAGGCCAGGAGAUUGACGAGCGCUCCCCUGCCUCCUUGGGUUCUACUCUUGUCCGGGACUUUUCCAGCAUUCCCGUCAAUGACAUCGACGAGAUAAGAAAGCAGCUUCCGCCUCGCGACGUUCUCGAUUCUCUGAUGCGAGUAUAUUUCAAGAGCGUCCAUCCGGACUUUCCCUUAUUCCACCGCGGUACCUUCGAGGAAGAAUACGAGACCUUCAUGUCCAAGGGGCGGUACUAUCAUCACCACGCUCGAGCGGGUGUACAUUUACCUUCUCCCACCUUACCUGAACCAGGCUGGUUAGGCUGUUUGCAUAUGAUGACUGCCUUCGCCUCGCUAAUUGGCUCUGUCGAUGUCGCUACCGAGCUGGAUCUUACUGCCCUCUGUCGCCAUUGUGCCAGCCUUACCCGCCAGCUCCUGCCUCAAUUUAUCUCAAAGUGCACCCUCUCCAACGUCAGAGCCCUCCUACUUCUGUCCCUUUUCCUUCAUAAUCACAAUGAGCGUAACGCAGCUUGGAACCUGGUUGGGACUGCCAUGCGCAUUUCCUUCGCCAUGGGUCUGCACCGUGCCAGCGAGAACGGGUCGCACUUCCGGCCCAUGGAAAGGGAGGUGCGUAAACGCGUCUUCUGCACGCUCUACGCCUUCGAGCAAUUCCUCGCGUCCAGCCUUGGGAGACCAAGCGGGUUCUACGACUUCGAGGAUGUAGAGAUAGUCCCUCCACGCGAGGGAGUCCUGGAUAGUGGGCAGGAUGAGGACGACGAAGUCAUGAAACUUUCGCUGAGGCUGCAAGCUAUCCUGGCCAAGGCCAGGGUAUCCCUUGCCGUCAAGACGCUAGCUGUGACCAAUGAACGGAGCAACAUCGACGGCCUGGCUCGGCAAGAGCAGUCUUCGAGGGAGACGCUGGGGAUCUUGAAGGCGUGGAGGGGCGACCUUGCCGCCCACCACAUGCUAAACAUCCCGUUGAUCGGCGAGACAGAUGAUCCGCUUUGCCAGGACAUCGAGGAGAUGCCGCGAAUGUCACUCCAAGAUCUCAAGGCCAUGAUGGGUUGGCAAAGCAGACCUCCACUUCGGGUGGCCCUGGUCUUGCACCUCCAAUACAGGUACAUUGCCGUCCUAGUGACCCGAUCUUCUUUGCUGCGAUAUGUCGCAUCCGCGCAACGGGGUGAAUCGGACCAUGCAGCCCUGCUCAACCGGAACGAGGCCAGAACCGACCCGUAUAUCGGCUCCGCAGGAGAACGGCUAUCGGACAUCUGCGUCACGCACGCCGUGCAGCUAUGCCGGCUCAUCCUGCUCGCAGACUCUUUUGGCUUGGUGAAUGGCAUAUCGGCCAUGGAUGUCUUUUACGCCUACUGCGGCGUUAUGGUGCUCAUAUUGCGGUCGCUACGAAUUUCUAGCUCUGCAAGCCACUACCAUGACCAGCGCGAGGCGCACCUGCAGCUGGAGUUGCGCAAGCUGAUCGCACAAACGAGAGAAGUGCUUAUGCGUGUGAACAAGUGCAGCACGAUGAAGCGGUUCGCGCGCGUUGUGGCUGCCUUCGAGGAUGGAUCAAGGCAGGAUAACAUCAGGCCUGCUGAUGGUUUGGCCAAUCGGUCAACGGCUAAUGGCGCUCUGUUUGAGAUGGGAACGGCUUGGCAGGCGUCUCGCGGCCCUCGCGGCCGGUUCAACGAUUCUAUCCACGCCGCCUUAGAUGGUGGGCGGGCGAGCAACCAGACAAUACUUCCGAUUGCAGAAGCAUCGCUGGACACCUCCACCCUGUCAGUCUCGCAGCAAGAACCCCUUAGCUUCCAGCACGGGCAUGGUAUCGGAAUUGUGCCGAGGCUCGGUAUAUCAGACCCCUUCUGGCAGUCAAACUUAUUGACGUCCUUUGACGGGGAGCCGGAGGCAAACGGCUGGAUGAUGGACCCAUUCCUCGCGAUGGACGGAACCGGCGUCGUGGACUGGGGCGAUAUUGAUUCCCUCUUAUCACGGAACCCGGGCCAAUAG